GCAGACUCGGCGGGCUGCGGACACUCCCCCGGGGUAGCUUGAGGAGAGGAGGAGCGGGAACAGUGACGAGGACCGAGGGAGGAGGCAAGGAGGACGAAAGAGGGAGGGCAGAUAGAAGGGCAGACAGACUGCCAGCCUAGGGCCUGGGAAGCGUUAUUCGAACCCAAAAGACACUCCGGCUUCGCUCCCGCCCUCCGCGCCCCACGGCACAGCUGGAGGAUGCUGCGCUACGGUUCCGCGGUCACCCUGCUUUCGGGCAACGGGGCCGCGUCCUCUGGGGGUCCAAGCAAGAGGGCCAACGUCUGCAGAUUACGAUUAACGGUGCCCCCUGACUGCCCAGUUCCUGAGCAAAGCGAAAGAAAAGAGGAAAGAAAGGAACAAUAUCCUGAUUUAGUCAAUGGAGAAUCGACCAAGAAACUCCCCCAAGGUGUGGUUUAUGGUGUGGUUCGAAGAUCUGACCAAAACCAACAGAAAGAAAUGGUGGUAUAUGGUUGGUCCACUAAUCAGCUGAAAGAGGAAAUGAACUACAUCAAGGAUGUGAGAGCAACAUUAGAAAAAGUCAGACAACAAAUAUAUGGGAACUACGAUGAAAUGAGGCAGAAAAUUCAACUCCUUACCAAAGAAUUGAGAGUUUCCAGUGCUCAACAGGACUAUCUACAGAAUCACAUCGACACACAGUCUUCAGCCUUGGAUAGUUUUAAUGACAUGAACUCCUCUUUGGUUUCAGACUCCAUUGGCCUACAGAAAAUAUUGGUGGAUGUUACCUUGGAAAACAGUACCAUUAAGGACCAGAUCAGAAAUUUACAGCAUACAUAUGAAGAAUCUAUGGAAAAACUGAGGGAAAAGCAGAGACAGUUAGAGGCGGCUCAGGUUGAAAACCAGCUUUUGAAACUGAAGGUAGAAUCUUCCCAGGAAGCUAAUGCUGAUGUCAUGAGAGAGAUGACCAAGAAACUGUACAGCCAGUAUGAAGAAAAACUACAGCAAGAACAGCAGAAGCACAAUGCGGAGAAAGAGGCCCUCCUGGAAGAAACCAAUAAUUUUCUGAAAGCCAUUGAGGAAGCCAAUAUCAAGAUGCAAGCAGCUGACACCAGCCUCCAGGAGCGAGACCAGAGGAUUGGGGAGCUGGACAGACUAAUUGAACGUAUGGAAAAGGAGCGCCAGCAACUUCAACUACAGCUCCUUCAGCAUGAGACAGAAAUGUCUGGAGAAGUUGUCAGCACAGAUUUUGACAAGAAAAGGUAUCAGCAGCUGGAGGAGGCAGCAGCUAGCCUGCGAGAACGCAUUAGACACCUGGAUGACAUGGUCCAUUGCCAACAGAAGAAAGUCAAGCAGAUGGUUGAGGAGAUCAUGUCACACGAGCUCUUCUCCAGAUUUAGUCUUCGUUUCUUUGGAAGAUGAUAAAUGGUGACCUGAUCUAAGAAGCUUUUCUAAUUACCCUGUGAUGUACCAUAUGAUGCUGGAAGAAUAUUCGUGCUGGAGAGGUGACACUUACCCAUUGGCAUCCAAUGGCCAAAAUAUUAAGGAAAUGCCAUUAAGAAGAAAAAUCCUAGGACUUUUGGUUUUGGGAAAAUAUCCACGUAGUUAAAUACUGCACAGAAGGAAAAUUACAUCUUGUAUGCUGCAAACAGAGAAGUGAAAAAAUCUUAAAGACUGAUCCUUUGGAAUAUUUCAGAAACUGUAGGCAGACUUCAAGAUUAAAAAAAAGAAAGUUCUCUUAUUAAAUCUGAAAAUGCAAGCAAAAAUGGUAUUAAGGAAGUGACAUUUGGAGGCUGGGUUCCAGACAAUCUGUACAUGAAAAAUAAAAGCUUAUGUAUAGAAAAAAAGGAAUAAAUACUUUAUCAAGGACAUUUCUGAUGAGAUAUGGAAAACCAUGUGAAGAUGGUAUAAGGAUCAUCAAUGUGUCUGAUUUUCAAAUGGAUCUGAGCUGAGGAAAUUAUCCUUACAAAAUCACUCUCAAUCCUUCAAGAAAAAAAAUAAGCCAAAAAAAGGGCUUAUAUGAUUUUUAGCGGCCAAAUAAUGUAUCUUUAAAAUGUGGUGGGUAUAUGGAAGGCUGUUCUGAUGGAAUAGACUUAAGAAUUGAGCCCUGAAUUUUUAAGAAAAAAAAUGCUUGAUUUGAGGCUGAAUUGGAUCAUUUUCCUCUCUGGACCUCAGGUUUCUCAUCUGUAAAAUAAGUGUGGCAGGUCUAGAAGGUCUCUAAGGUUCUUCCUAGCUCUAACAUUCUGUCACUGAUUUGCUUCUGAUACUAAGAACAUCCUACCAGGCCUGAGGCAGUUCUGCAGUGGAAAGAAUGUUAGAUUUAGAGUGCAAAGACCCUAGUUUGAAUUCUGGCUCCCUCUUUCACUUACUGUGUAGCCUAACUUCUCUGGGCCUCAGUUUACUCAUUGAUAAAAUGAGGGCUUUGGAGUAGAUGCCCCUCAAAAUCCCUUUCAGCUCUAAGUCUAGCAUCCUAUGCUCUCUAAAAAGAAAAAAUGUAUACUUAUGCGAAAACAGAUGCAUUAAAUAUAUUGAAGUAAAAUAUACUUCGUCUAUGCUUUGGAUUUUACAGUGUUUCUGAGAGGCAGCAGGGUUUGGCAGAAACCACACUGGGCUUGGGUUCGAAUUUCAGUUCUGCAGUUUACUUAUUGCAUGACCUUGGGCAAGUCAUAGAAAUUCUUUCGAUCUUCAUUUCCUCAUCUCUAAAAUGGAGAUAAUAAUACUUAUGUUAACUAUCUUACCAGGCAAUUAUAAAGAUUAAAUGAGAUAUCAUAUGUAAAAUGCACUAUACCCCUAAAGUCCUGUAUAAUAGUGAUUUUUAGGGAGGCAGUGGUGGUGUAGUAGAAAGAACACUAAAACUAUUAUAAUAGUUAGCAUUUAUAUAGGCAUUAAGGUUUGCAAAGUGCU